AUGCCAAUACUUCCUCAUCUUCAUGCGAAGUGCUCGCUCCUACAUACAGAUCUGUCGCGCCAUACAUUGGCGUGGCCAUUUCUCGAGCCUGUAGAUCCUGUAGCACUCAAUGUGCCAACAUAUUUUGAUGUCAUAUCACAGCCAAUGGAUCUGCGCACCAUGGGCGCCAAAUUAACCGCAGGCGAGUACAACGAUCCGACUGAAUACCGCGCCGAUCUGCUGCUUAUGUUUGCUAAUGCUAUUGAGUUUAAUCAAGACGACCAGCGUGCUGACUCGGUGGCCAACAUAGCACGGCAGUUUCAGGAUGUAGCACUCGCUCAGUGGGAUCAAAUGUUCUCAGAGGCAGCAACGGCCGACUGGGCACUCAUGGCGCAACACCAGACACAACAACGCUUUAUUCAAAGGGCUAAAGAUGCUCGGAUUUUACAGAGAUGGAAACGUGAUUCGUUUGUCGCUAGAUUUAAUCGAGACAAAUUGGACGAACGUACACGUCUUGCCUCUAAUUGCGAAUAG